AUGCCAGCUGAUCCAGCUGACGCCGAACAGGUGGACGUCACUGACAGAGUCGCCGCCGACGCGGAGAGGAGGGCUGCUGCGACCGCGGCAGCUCUCGCCGCCGCCGCUGCGCGUGCAUCGCUCCCCAUGAAGAGAAGGCAACUGCCUACGGACAGCUCCUCUGGAGGGGUUCAGGGAGAUCCCAAGAAGAUGAGGGAGAAUUCAUCCAGGACUGAUUCGGGGGCCGAACCCGGUCAAAUGGAGACUGACGACCAACUUGAUUCUCGGGCUGUGGAAACCGAUGCGGAGGCUGAUUCCUGCCGCGAAGACGAGGCGCCGUGGGAAACCGUUCCCUCCCGUGCCGUCAAGGCUCAGUUCCAGGCCACGCGGAAAGCCGAGCGAGCUGUGCGUCGCCUCAACAGAUCCAGCGGUCUUGGUCCCGCGGGGUUCGAGGUUGACAUCGCCCCUCUCGAUGAGAGCAUUCGAUUCUCCGCCGAGAACCUCCUCAGAGUUUUUUGCGACAUCCGAGAGGUAGUUAGAGAGGCGCAACCACGUCUUAACUCACGAGGUGGUAUCUCUGUUCGCGUACCUCAACAGUCUCAUAUCGAGUCUCUUAAGACCCUGAAGGCAAUCGCCGAUGUCCCAGUGAAACUCAAUCUGCCCUCCGCAGCUUCUCUAUGGGCGCGAGUGUCGGGAGUACAUCCAGCCUUCUCCGAAAAAGAUUUGCUCACAGUCCUCCGACCGCAGGGCGUCAUGGAGGUCGUACGAGAGAUGUAUUCGGCCUCGGAGUCUACCUCAACCUCUGAGAAUAAGCGAUUACUGAAGCCGUCGAACCGGCUCAGGAUUCGCUUCGAAGGAGAAAUCAGACCAGAGGUUGAUAUUGCUCAUCAGGUCUUCAAGGUCACGCUCUGUCCGGCCUCCCCACUGCAGUGCCUCGCUUGCUGUGGCUUCGGUCACCGCGCCUUGAUGUGUCCAGAAAAACUUUCCCCAAGAUGCCGGAAAUGCGGUGGCCUCGGCCAUCAACUAUGGCAGUGCACCGCGAGAGCGAAGUGCGUUAACUGCAAGGGCUCACAUGCGGCGAACGACUCCAGGUGUCCUGUCUUUGCUGUUUAUGCGAAGGCCGCCCAGGAGCGCUUCGUUGGGAAGGUUGUUGCUGGUCUCGACAAUGUGUCGGUCCGGCAAACCGCUGUUCUUGUUCCCGGCGUAGCGCCUGUCCCCUCCGUCCCCGUGGACGGCGUCCGGCCCUCCUUUGCCUCGGUUGUCGGCAAGCCUGAGACGAUUGCGCUCGUUCGGUCCACUGAAGAGGGUGAGCGUAUUGUAUGCUACCUGCCUAGACCGUCGACGAAGAGACCAAAUCCGGUCCGAGCGGCCAAGCCCAAAGCUCUUCCCCCGCAGCAGUCUCCCAAAAAACCAAACGUGGCCCCCGAUAAUGAUGCUCUGGUUGCUGCGGUUACAGCCAAAGUCCUAGAGAGUGUUUCAUUGAGCCUCGAUUCUAUCAUCUCCAGAAUAGUCUCUAGUGCCAUCGCUGCGGCCGUUCCGCGCAUCGUUGAGGCCGUCACUGCGACCCUCAAGGCUACCUUCAGCAAGCCUGUCUCUGUUGGCACACCCCCCGCAUCGCACCAAUGA